UAUACAGGUGGCGCCCCGCCUUCGUCAUGGCGGCUUCUAUCCGAAAAUGUUUUGCAUUUCUGAAACCAAGGUACUUGUCUGUACCAUCAAAAGUUGCGUCAUAUGACAGCCAGCUGUUUCAUUCCGCCCGAUGUUUCUCCACCAGCAAGCCCUUGGAUGUCAAGUUCUACGAUGAACCUUUGGAUGCCAUAAAAGAUAUACCAGAUGGAGCAAAAUUACUAGUUGGAGGAUUUGGGCUUUGCGGCAUACCAGAAAACCUAAUCGAUGCUUUGGUGGAGAAAGGAACAAAAGAGAUUACAGCAGUCAGUAAUAAUGCCGGUGUUGAUAACUUUGGACUUGGCAAACUACUACGAACGCAGCAGAUCCGACGUAUGAUAUCAUCGUACGUCGGGGAGAAUGCAGAGUUCGAGCGACAAUACCUGUCGGGAGAACUAGAGGUGGAACUGACUCCGCAAGGGACCCUGGCCGAGCGCAUCCGGGCAGGUGGCGCCGGUGUGCCAGCGUUCUACACACCCACCGGCUUCGGCACGUUGGUCCACGAAGGCGGCGCGCCCAUCAAGUACGGCAAGGAUGGUGCCGUGGAAAUAGCCAGCAAACCACGCGAGUCGAGAGACUUCAACGGCCGCCACUACGUCAUGGAGGAAGCCAUCACGGGUGACUUUGCUCUGGUGAAGGCGUGGAAGGCUGACAAGGCGGGAAACCUUAUAUUCAGGAAGACGUCGCGUAACUUCAACCCGGCGAUGUGUCGCGCGGCGCGCGUGACGGUGGCGGAGGUCGAGGAGGUCGUCGACGUGGAUGAGAUCGACCCGGAACACGUUCACGUGCCCAGCAUCUACGUUCAUCGCAUCGUCGUCGGCAAGAGCUACGAGAAACGCAUAGAGAGGCUGACCCUAGCGAAGGAGAAGGUAAGGAGCACACCGUCGACGCCGGCACAGCUGAUGCGCGAGCGGAUCAUCCGGCGAGCCGCGUGCGAGUUCGCCGACGACAUGUACGCCAACCUCGGCAUCGGCAUGCCGAUGCUGGCCAGCAACCACGUGCCGGAAGGCAUGGUGCUGCAUCUGCAGAGUGAGAACGGAGUGCUGGGACUGGUGAGGACCGUCCCGGCAAAGGGAAAGCAGGACCCGGACCUGAUCAACGCCGGCAAGGAGACGGUCACCGUCGUGCCCGGGGCAUCCUACUUUGGCAGCGACGACUCGUUUGCCAUGAUUAGAGGAGGACAUGUUGACUUGACGAUUCGAGCAAUGCAGGUGUCACAGUACGGUGACCUGGCAAACUACAUGAUUCCUGGUAAAAUGGUGAAAGGAAUGGGUGGAGCCAUGGAUCUUGUGGCCAGUCACAGCGCUGGCACAAAAGUAGUCAUAUACGAUGGAGCACCCAGCCAGGGAGGAGGGCACAAGAUACUGCCUAACUGCACAUUGCCAUUAACGGGAAAGAACUGCGUGGAUUUGAUAAUCACAGAAAAGUGUGUGUUCAAGGUGGACGCUGAGGAAGGCCUUACAGUAGUGGAGAUAGCAGACGGUGUCACAGUCGAAGACAUUGUCAACGACACUGGCUGUCAGUUCAAGGUCUCCCCUGAUCUGAAACCCAUGAAACAAGUGGAGAUAUAAAGCACGUGCUGCCAUCUGGUGACCUGGCAUUAAUGCUCAAGGAUUGCGAGUGAAUCUCUAGGAUCAAAGUUGAACAGUGCACAUCUGAAUAUGAAUAUGAAUAUGAAUGUGUGCAUUCUCUGUGUGAAAGUAGGAUGCCGACCCCAGCAACUACAGAUAUACCUGCCAAAUACAGCGGGAAAUUGUUGGAACGCUGUAGGGAAUAGAAUGUUAGCGUUGCAUGUAUCACCUGAGGCGAGGAGAUUCGAGCUAUUAUUUCCUACUAUUGCACGACAAGAGAUGUUUGUUAGGCCAUAAUAAAAAUAUUGUUUGUUUGCCCUCACCCGACCGACCCGCCAAAAAGGGGCCGACUCAAACAUUUUUAUUGAUCUUUCCCAUUCUUUUUUUUUUACAAAUUGUAUCACUGCACAUUAUAU